AUGGACGCGGUUGAGGUCUUGCUGGAGUACACACCGGGAGUCGACCAGUUGUACAAGAAUGCCGAAGGCCAAAGUUCAACUUUACACAUUGCCGCCGAAAACUUCAAUACCGGUAUUGCCAGAAAGCUUCUUGAAGCCGGCGCAGACGUCAAUCUGAGAACCAGCCCUGGUGGACACUCUACUCUCCACCUUGGUGUCUCCAACGAAGAGUUCCUCAAGAUGCUGUUGGACUUUGAGCCGGAUAUCAAUUUGACUGAUAAUCGAGGCAAUACUGCCUUGAACUACUACUUGGCUUCUGAGGGAGCAGAACUUAGCAUUGUUCAGAUGCUAGUUCUCGAAGGGUCAGAUAUCAACAAAGCGAACAAAGACGGCAUAACACCGCUUCAUCGAGCCGCAACUCAAAAAACACCGGAUAUUGCACGGUUAUUAGUAAAGCUCGGUGCAGACGUCAACGCCAUUAGCGAGAGACUUGGAGGACCGCUGCAUGUGGCUUGUUGGUUAGGCACACCGGAGACUGUCAAGCUAUUGGUAACAGCCAAUGCCGACGUCAUGCAAAUGCAUACCAAAUCAGGUCAUCCCGCCUGUGGCGCAUGUUAUCGGGUGCUCCAAAUGGACGACUACGAAAGAGCGCAAAAGGAAGCAAACGAUAUCUUGCGAUAUCUUUUGCAUGAAAGCGGCAGAACAGUGGAUGUCAAUCGGAUCGGAGGCGAUUACGGUUGCAUCCUUGGAAUGGCUUGCUACUACGGCUCAACUGAGACUAUCGAUCUUGUUCUCUCCGCUAAGGCGGACGUCAACCUACAAGGACCCCUCGGUCGCCGUCCCGUUCACUUUGCAGCCUACAGCACCGUUGAAAAUCUCCACAGGCUCAAGGAAGCGGAAGCCAACCUUGACGUGCGUGACAAGAUGGGACGCACCAUUCUUCACUGUGCGGUACAGGGUGGAAAUGUCGACCUAGUGAAGUACGUGCUUCGAGUGACGAAGAGCCUACUUGAUGCGGCCGACGACGAUGGGUGGACUCCGCUGCACUACGCUGCAAGAGGUUGCGACGUGUUGGGCCGUGAGAGAAGGAUCGAACGCCGCGGCGAGAGAGCUGAAGAAGAGCAGUUUCAAAUGGUCCCUCUGGACAUAAUCAAAGACUAUCCGACUCCGCUGUAUUACGCCGCGAGAGAUUACGACGUAUUCGACCGUGAGAAGAGGAUAGAACGCCGCAACCAGAAUGACGAUGAAGAGCAGUUUCAAAUCGUCUCUUUCUUGGUCGAGCAGGGCUCCGACAUUACGGCAUGCAGCAGCGGCCCAAAUCGCAGGUGGACACCUGCGAUGCUGGCCCAAUUCCAUGGCGCCAGGCAAGAUACACAGGAAUUGUUGAUGCCAAGAAAUGCAAUCAACGACACCCGUCAAUCUUGGUCAGAUGGUUCUCAGAAGAUCAGGAGGGCCCAUAAAAAGGACACAACUUGCGAUUGCUGCUUUGCUUUGACUAAUAGGUUUUGGUUGCAUAGAAAAUUGAAGGUCUGA